AUGCACUACCUCCUCCGCAUCAGCUCUGCCUCCUCCCAACAACAACAUCCAGACUCCCAAAACAACCCUGACCAGCAACCCGAGGACUCCAUCCCCGAUCUAACCGCCGUAACCGACCCCUCGCCGCUGUCGACCCAGGAACUGGGCUUCUUGCGCGCGCAUCAGACGCUGCUGGCGGGGCAUUUUGGGGCGUCGUUUCUUUCCUCGUUUCCGGCGCAGUUGAGGCGCUUGGAUGAUAAUGCCGGGGGCGUUAGUAUGGUGCAGGGGCCGGAUGGGAGGGAGGUGGUUUUUGUGAGGUGUCUUGCUGAACGGGUGGGCGUUGUUGUGCCGCCUGGGGAUGGGGUGGAGGUUGAGACGGUGGGGACGGAGAUGCGCAUGGGGGAUGUUUGGGUUGUUAGGUGGGAGGGGGUGAGGGGGGCUUGGGAGAGGGGGGAGGUGGAGGUUCUUUAG